AAUCUUUCAUCACUUGUGUAUAAUCAACGCUCUCAACCUGUAUGUAAUUUAUGUCUCUAAUGGGAGUCUUAACUUCUCCCUCUAUCAUUACAGUGCGUAAAUGCCGCUUUCUUUCUGACUCAGCCUCUCUGUGCGCUCUCAAGAAAUACGACUCCCAUCUCGCCAGCCGCAUGCAGCCUCCCACCCCUCUGUGGAAUAUAGACCCCCUAUUUAUAGUGCUGGCAAGGCCCUUAACCCUGGCCUCAUCACAGAGUUUUUUCUCUUAAAUAUCCACCCAUGGCAGAGCGCACUGACGCGAGCAGGAGGAGUAGGAUGUGCUUGUUCGAGUAGAGAAGAGGGAAGCCAAAAAGAAGAAGACGCGAGAAGAAGAGGAUUCUGAAUCUGGAGGACCAAAAGUGAAGAAGAGGCGCGUGAAUUUGACUGACGGGACAACAACCUCGUCCACCUGUUGGAAAGAAAAGCUUCCGCUGGAAGAUUCAAGAUCGCUUUAAACAUAGAAAGGAGUUUAUUUGGACUGGAUUGCAGCAGAUGAAGAGUAAGCAAUGGAAUUUUUACAUUUGAAAGAUUAUUAACACUACUGUACAGCUACAUUAGUAGGUGAGACAUUUUGAUACAAAUAUGAAAUGUUGCAAAAAUAGAUUCCAGAGUUGGAAGCCUAAAGACUGAAAAAUUCAUUUUUUUAAGUUUUGACUGUAUUUUUCAAGCUAUUUUCCCUCCAUAAAUGUAGCCUGAUCUUAAGCACAAGGCUCUAAUUACAAAUCAAGCUUGGGGAAAAAAAAAGAAGUUCCAGACCUUCAUAAUUAUAAGGGCCAUCUAUAAAAGGAAACCAAGUAAAGGGCGAGGUCCAUGUGAGAGAAAAGAGUAGGCGGCAAGAACGCAAGCAGGAAGAAUCUCACCCAGAAAAGACAAACUAUGGAUGCUCAUGGAGGACAUUACCUCAACAAAGAGGCUGUGCUGUCACCUUUGGGGGCAGCCCGGAUGUGCCAGCUGCUGCUUGGCUGCACCAUAAUGGCCCUUGUGUCCCACGGUGCGGGCUACAGUGCCACCUACGGAAACUUCUGCAUGUUUGUGUGGUGUUUCUGCUUCGCCGUCACGCUGGUUGUGUUCACCCUGGACAUCACCCGUCUGCACACCUGCAUGCCCAUCUCCUGGGAUAACUUCACAGUGGCUUUUGCCAUGCUGGCAACACUCAUGUACAUCACCGCCUCAGUCGUCUACCCCGUCUACUUCCUCCAAACCGAGUGGUCCGAUGAGGAAUGGGAGGUCCAAGCCUACCGCAUCGCAGUCACGGUUUGCUCCAGCAUCUGCUGCUUUCCGUACGGAGUGGAGGUUUUCCUGACUCAAGCCAAACCUGGAGCCGUGGUGGGCUACAUGGCCACUCUCUCUGGUCUGCUUAAGGUGGUGCAGGCUUUUGUGGCCUGCAUUAUUUUUGGGGCCCUUGCCAACGACAGUGAGUACACCAACUACAUUGCCACGCAGUACUGUGUAGUUGUGUACAGCCUGUGUUUCUCCAUCACCGUGGUAGUGAUCGUACUGACGGUGUCCGGCAGAACCUCCGCUUUACGGUUCCCGUUUGACCGCUUUGUGGUGGUGUACACCUUCUUUGCCGUGAUCCUCUACCUCAGUACUGCACUGAUCUGGCCCAUCUUCAGCUUCGAUAAGAAGUAUGGCACCACCACUCGACCUGAGGACUGCCCACGAGGAGAAUGCCCUUGGGACAGCAAACUGGUGGUGGCAGUUUUUACCAACGUCAACCUCAUUUUAUACUUUAUUGAUGUUAUUUACUCACAGAGGAUUCGCUUCAUCUCCAGUUCUGCUGCGUGAAAAGCUCCAAUCCUAUUGGAUUGAGAACAAACAUGUGAAGGACCUACUGACAAUUGAUCCCAGCUUCACAAAUGUAUGCCAACUCUUAAUUAAAGUGUUCAUUUUGUACCAAAUGUUCAUUGCACACAUCACAAACUUUCUCUAUUUCUGGCCUCCAUUUGAAAGCCCACAAAGUUCAGUGAUUAGAUGAUCUCAGCACAGCAGCACAUCCAUCUCAAGAGGAAAAGUUGCUGUGGUGAUGUGGGAUGGGCCUUGUGGAGUACAGCAUCAUUACAGUGUUAUUUUUGGCACAGUAAAUCAGUGUUAUUAUGAUGAUGUAGCAAAAAAUAAAAUGGUAAAUUUUGCUUAAAAGAAAGUUCAUGGUUUUUCACAACAAGUAUUAUAUGAAUGUAGAUUUUUAUCUGUUAGUUUGAGACAUGUUGUAUUGUUCUGGGUUGUUUUAUAUCCCAUAUUUAAGUUUAGGAAGGCUGUUUUGUGAUUAAUGAUAAAUGUAUUUAAUCAUUUCACAGUUAGAAGUGACUAAUAGAUUGGAUUUUUCAACUGUAAUAUUUUUUUUGUUAUUACAUCUUAUUGUGGGAUAAAACAUGUGUGUGGCCUUCAUUUUUUAAUUAAA